AUGUCUCACGGGGAGCAGGGGACCGUGACUGUGCACGAGGGACUCGAGGUCAUAUGGGAUCUGACAGCUCAAAGUGUGCAAGGAGUGCCGAGAGGCUGCUACGUGCACGCCGACUCUACUAACAGUUGGUACACCGCCAACUUCUGCAGCUUCAUAUAUCUCUACCCUCUCGGCGGCCAAGGGGGCUCGGAGGACCAGGCCAGUGUUAUGCUCGCUCCUAGAAAAAACGGUACGUUUCUGCAGGUCGGCAUGGGCGCUACAAUCCAGGACUUGGAUGUCACUCACACAUCUGGUUUUCAUACCUUGCAUUUCCCGCGGCCGAGCCUGUCCUCGGCAUGGAGGAUCACCGUGAGUGUAUUCCCCAGCCGCGCCACUGCCGAACGAUUUCGGCAACUCCUGCGAGAGCUGACAGAGGCCCGGGAUCUGGAGCUCGCAGCAGCCAGGGCAGCCAGGGAGGAGACUGCACAACUCCGAGCUCUGAUGGACACAGCGGCCGACGCAGCUGACGGCGCGGCCCAUCGUUUGGCCGUGGCUGCUAGGAAGAUCCAGGCCUCCUUUCGGAAGUCUGCCUUCCGCCGGCGCUUGAAGUCGGCACUGGCCGCGAUGGCGAGGCAUCAGCGACACGUGAAGCUUACAGCUGCCGUGUGCUGUGUCCAGGCCCUCUGGCGAGCCAGGCAAUUGCGCAGAGAACGCCGUCGGCAGGAGGACAUCCGCCGGGCUUCGGCCACUCACUACGAUGCGAUCCUGGCUUUCGACUCCUUGUCCGAAUUCCUCUCCACACGAGAGGUCCGCUUCUUGAGGAAUGUCGAAUCCAGCUUGGACGUCGUCCAUCAGGGGAACUUUCGCAUCGUGGCAGUUGUAGGUCUCUUUGACAAAGGGAAGACAUGGCUCUUGAACAGGCUCUUCGGCGUGAGCUUGCCUUCUGGAAAGCUUCACACCACCACAGGCUUGAGCUUCCUUUGGGUAGAAGAGCGCCGGAUGCUGAUCAUUGACUCCGCCGGGGUGCAGUCCCCGGUCUCCUACCGUGCACAGGCCGUCGACGCGAUUUGGGAUGCACGCAACACCGAGACACUGGUCCUUGAGAUGAUCUCUCGCAUUGCUCAUCACAUGAUCUUUGUGGUAAGUGACACGACGUGGUUUGAGCAGCAGAAAGCCGCCGAACUGCACCAGAAGUACGUGCAGCGCCGGCAGCACAGGGAGCUGAUUGUCGUCCACAACUUGAGCACUACCUCCCGAGUGGAAGAUGCACAUGCCCUUUUUGAGCGGCAGGUCACACGAUGCUACGAUGGUGUUCCGUCGCACCUGGGCGACCUCAUCUUCACGGCGGAUGCUGGCGAAGGGGCACCUCCGGUACACCAUAUUGGGCUGUGCCAGGAGUAUUCAACAGCCGGUGACAAGUUCAAUGCCAAGAAUAGGGAGUACCUCUUGCAGAGCCUGGAGCAUGGAAGCAUCCUGGGUUCGCAUCUGGCCCUUGCAGAGACCUUCAGCACAGAGUUGUCCAAGCUGAUGCCGAAGUUCGCCAGCAUCGAAGCAGGCGUGCCGGAAGUGGCCGCCAACACAUCCGGUACUUCGACGCAGGCGAUCUCUGUGAGGUUCUGCCCGAAGGAAGAGAGGGAAGCUGUGCAGGGCUACGUGCAUGUGGGCUCCAUGAUUUUGCAUUCAUUGCCCCAAGAUGCCAAGGUUGUGAUGAAGACGAGAGGCGUGAUUUCGGAUUUGGGGGAGAUCACUCCCCACGAUGUCAGCUUCCGCCCCAUCACGAACGUGUUUGACCGUAAAAUGGACUCGGACAAGAUGCGCUACAUUCGUGUCGAGUGCCCGGGAGUUUCUGAAGACGAUGUCGAUUUCCAUCUGCUCACCAACGGGGUCAAGAUCGUGAUCGAAAAGAAACGGCCCAUCAACGAAGAAACCGUGGAGCCCGUGCAGCCCAUUUUGCAGCACUUUGGCCCUUGGGCAAAGGAUUUUGAUUUCGACAGAUCUGAUGGCACGUUUCAGGUGUGCGAAGACAGCAUCAAGCUGGAGCAUGGCGUGCUGGAGGUGCCCUUGAAGAUGACCCAGAACCGCAAGUUCAAGCUCGCAGGUGCACGCAGAUCCGAGCCGGAUGCCAAAGCACCAUCUCCGGUAAGAUCCGAUUCCGCUUGCUCUUUCUCGAUGCUCGGAAGUGAGCAUAGCUGGCAUAGCUAG